AACGGCUCUGCGCGCCAUUGCGACGUCUUCGAGAAGCAGCCCUCGUGGAAAUUACACACAAUAGCAACCAUGCCCGACGCGGCAGCGCUGGCUGUUUGCGACAUCGAAUUGAACGAUGUGCCCGACAUGCGCCAAGAGGACCAAAAGGAAGCAAUCGUCGAUGCACCAGAACAACUCGUCGCCCCCGGCCCGUGCUACGCAACACAUCUCGACGUGGGUCCUGCACAAACGCGGGCCCGCGACACGGUCGACGCCGUAACGCGCGUCGCCCGAGCCGCCGCCGAGCUCUGCUCGGUCGAGGAGCAAUACGCACGGGGGCUGAAAAAGGUCGCGUCUACGUUGGAGGGCGCCGCGGGGCCUGACAAGGGCGUCCGGGGCGCCUGCGCGGCGGCGGCGGCGAUGCUUGCUUCCGCGUCGACGGCGCACGCGACGCUAGCCAAGUCAUUGGCCGCCGACGUCGAGGCGCCGCUGGAACAAGCGAGGGUCGCUGUGAGGAAGGCUCAGUCCGACGGCGCGACGCGCGCCCAAGCGGCACACCGCGCCGUCAAGGCGGCGGACGACCGCUACCGGCGGGCGGCGUCGAGGCUCAAAGCCCACGUGCGGGACGCGACCGCGAACGAAGCCGCGAAGCCGGCACCCGGCGAGGGCUCGGGCCUCGACAGCGCAGAGGCGCCCCCAGAGAAGCCGCACGCGUCGAUCUACGCCAGAUACCUCGCGCCGACGAAGCCGUCCCCGGACGACGCUAGGCAGGAGUGCGACGCCCGGUGGCGCGACUUGAGCCUCGAGUCCCGGAAGGCGGCCUUGGAGGCACAGCGGCUCCUCACCGCGUACCAGGCCUCCGACGAAGCCGCGGUCGAAACCUGCGUCGACGCGCUUAGAAAGGUAGGUGUGCACCAGGCGUCGGCGUUUAGCACGCGAACAUACGACCUCGCCCAGCUCACGCGCGCGCUGGACGCCUGCGACGCACUGGCGGACGUGGCGGUAUUCGUCGAGGAGCGCGAACAGGCGCGCGAUCGCGUCGACGGCGCCUGCGUGCGGAACGCGCUGCGGCUCUGCCAGCCGGAGACGUCGCAGGUCGGACGCGCGCUGGGAAGCGUCUUCGUGCCGCGCUCGCCCGUCGACGACGUGCUGGCCUCUCCAUCUGCAGUCGCGGACGCCUCGACCGCGGCCGUAGCUGACGACGUCCGCUACGUACAGCUCCCGGUCCGCGCCGGCGCCGGU